UGCGGCGCGCCGGCCCGGGGAGGCGCGGGAGGCGGAGCUCCCGUCCGGCGCAGCCGGUUUAGGCGGCGGGAGGCGGGCGGGGGAGGAGCGCCGCGGGCGGGGCCGGGCGGGCGGCGGGGCCAUGCAGGGCGCGGAGCCGGCGAGCGCCGCGGAGACCCGGCUCUGAGCGCCCGAGGGCGGCCGAUGCCCCCCGCGCUCCCCGCGCCGCAGCCGCAGCCGGGCCGCAUCGGGACUGGGCGCCGCGCUGCGGGGCCGACGCCGGGCCACAAUGCUGCUCGGGGCCUCUCUAGUGGGGGUGCUGCUGUUCUCCAAGCUGGUGCUGAAGUUGCCCUGGACCCAAGUGGGAUUCUCUGUGCUGCUCCUCUACCUGGGGUCCGGCGGCUGGCGCUUUGUCCGAGUCUUCAUCAAGACCAUCAGGCGCGAUGUCUUCGGCGGCAUGGUGCUCCUGCGAGUCAAGGCAAAGGUUCGCAAGUACCUGCAGGAGCGGAGGACCGUGCCCAUCUUAUUUGCCGCUACGGUACGGCGCCACCCCGAGAAGACGGCGCUGAUCUUCGAGGGCACGGACACCCACUGGACCUUUCGCCAGCUGGAUGACUACUCGAGCAGCGUGGCCAACUUCCUGCAGGCCCAGGGCCUGGCCUCGGGCGACGUGGCAGCCCUCUUCAUGGAGAACCGCAAUGAGUUUGUGGGCCUGUGGCUGGGCAUGGCCAAGCUGGGUGUGGAGGCCGCACUCAUCAACACCAACCUCCGGCGGGAUGCCUUGCGCCACUGUCUGACCACCUCCCGGGCCCGUGCCCUCAUCUUUGGCAGCGAGAUGGCCCCAGCUGUCUCUGAGAUCCAUGCCAGCCUGGACCCCUCCCUCAGCCUCUUCUGCUCCGGCCCCUGGGAGCCCAGUGCCGUCCCCACCAGCACGGAGCACCUGGACCCCCUGCUGGAAGAUGCUCCCAAGCACCUGCCCAGUCGCCCUGACAAGGGCUUCACAGAUAAGCUCUUCUACAUCUACACGUCGGGCACCACGGGACUGCCCAAAGCCGCCAUCGUGGUGCACAGCAGGUAUUACCGCAUGGCUGCCCUGGUGUACUAUGGAUUCCGCAUGCGGCCUGAUGAUAUCGUGUACGACUGUCUCCCACUCUACCACUCUGCAGGAAACAUCGUGGGUAUCGGACAGUGCCUCCUGCACGGCAUGACCGUGGUGAUCCGGAAGAAGUUCUCAGCCUCCCGGUUCUGGGACGAUUGUAUCAAGUACAACUGCACAAUCGUGCAGUACAUCGGGGAACUAUGCCGCUACCUCCUGAACCAGCAGCCGCGGGAGGCGGAAAGGCAGCACCACGUGCGCAUGGCGCUGGGCAACGGGCUCCGGCAGUCCAUCUGGACCGACUUCGCGGGCCGCUUCCAGAUCCCCCAGGUGGCCGAGUUCUACGGGGCCACCGAGUGCAACUGCAGCCUGGGCAACUUCGACAGCCAGGUAGGGGCCUGUGGCUUCAACAGCCGCAUCCUGUCUUUUGUGUACCCCAUCCGACUGGUACGUGUCAACGAGGACACCAUGGAGCUGAUCCGGGGGCCCGACGGCGUCUGCAUCCCCUGCCAACCAGGCGAGCCGGGCCAGCUGGUGGGCCGGAUCAUCCAACAGGACCCCCUGCGGCGCUUUGACGGCUACCUCAACCAGGGCGCCAACAGCAAGAAGAUCGCCAGAGAUGUCUUCAAGAAGGGGGACCAGGCCUACCUCACUGGCGAUGUGCUGGUGAUGGACGAGCUGGGCUACCUGUACUUCCGGGACCGCACGGGGGACACUUUCCGCUGGAAAGGCGAGAACGUGUCCACCACCGAGGUCGAAGGCACACUCAGCCGCCUGCUGGACAUGGCCGAUGUGGCAGUGUAUGGCGUCGAGGUGCCAGGAACCGAGGGCCGGGCUGGAAUGGCUGCCGUGGCCAACCCCACUGGUCAGUGUGACCUGGAGCACUUCGCAAAGCUUCUGGAGAAGGAGCUGCCUCUCUACGCCCGCCCUAUCUUCCUGCGCUUCCUGCCUGAGCUGCAUAAAACAGGGACCUACAAGCUACAGAAGACAGAACUGCGGAAGGAGGGCUUUGACCCUGCGGUCGUGAGAGACCCGUUGUUCUAUCUGGACGCCCGGAAGGGCCGCUACGUCCCCCUGGAAUGCGAGGCCUAUGCCCGGAUCCAGGCUGGCGAAGAGAAGCUGUGAUUUGCCCGUCUCUCUGAGGGCCGGCGGAUGCUGGAUCCAGAGCCCCAGCUCCCACCCCAGACGGCUCCUGGGCGGUGCCAGACCAAAGCAAGCAGGGCCCAGCACCUUGAGGUGCCAACCCCUCCUCCCCAAAACUGCCAAGUGACUCACUGCCGCCUCUCCCUGCGCCCCCCCACCUCCAAGGCUUUCUGUGAAAGCCUCAAACCCAGGUUAUGUCUCCAAGGCCCCUGCACCCCAGGCUGAGACUGACUGGGCCAUUCAGGAUGAUGUCUUGGGUCAGGGCAGGGGGAGGUAGAGGGUUGCCAGGCUCUCCCCAGAGAGUGAGGCGCUUAUAAAUGGGGCCCGGGCGGAAGCCCUCAGACUCAGGAAGCCAGCAGAGUGAGCAGGGGACCCUUGAUCAGGUGGCCAAAGAGGAACCUGACCCAGGAGCUGCUCACGCACCGCUCAGCCCUGGCCGCGCCUCCAGAGGGGAGGAGGAGGCCCUGAUCUUCAGCAGAGGGCCCCGACAGACACCCCCACCGCAUCCUCUCCCUGGGUAGCUGCCUGGCUGUCUGGUCUGUCCAUGUCACCUCCGUCAGUCCUGGCCUGGCUAUGAGGGAAGGAGGGGUGGGGGCACUCAGGGGUCAAUAAACUCUGCCUUGACUCCCUAGCCUGUGUGCUUGCCACGUGGGCUCCCCCAGCCUGCUCGGGUCCCACCUCCUGCCCGUCCACUUACUCAUCCCUUCGUUCACUGGACUUGGGGAUCGGCCGGCAGGUAAGAGGCCGCAGCCCAGCCUGCAGUGUGGGAUCUAGCUGGGGCAGUCCCCUGGGCUCUGCGGGGUGCGGAAAGUCUGCCUACUGUGUCCCUGAAGGGCCGUGGCCUUGGGCCGGUGGCUCGCUCUCCUCCGCAGAGUGGGAGUCAGUGAAGGGGCUUCGAGAGCCAGGGAGCUGUUGGGAGGAAAGGGCUGGUCAGAGCCCUUGAGAGAGAAAACCCUAAGCCCCAUCUGCAGCCCCCUGCUCCUGCCGGUCCCUCGGCGUCCGGGGCAUGUGACGGCCAGGGCUGUUGUCGGCAGUGCCAGUGGAGAGCCAGCUGUUCUGGGCCCGGAGCUGGUGGCACACGAAAGGGACGCGGCCCAGCCCUGGGCAGUGGACUCUGCUUUGUCUUCACUGCUAAGCCCCACACAGCCUUGCCACAGCGAGUAGUGGGGGCUGGAAUGUGAACCCAGCUCCAUGCCCUGCCCACGCUGCUCUACCCGCCCGGAGCGGAGGCAGCAGGGAAGUCGGCUUCCAUUCCACACAUGCUUGUGGAGCCAGCUGUGGCCACGCCCUAGGCCAGCAGCUGACAGUUUGGGUGGAGGUGGCCAGGAUUGGAAAUCUGGGGAGCCUCUUGGGAGAGCGAUUUUGAAAGAGGAGUCCGGAGCCUCUUUGGGGAGGGGGUGGGGGUGGGUGGCAGAGCUGGUGUUGGGCUCUUCAGACCUUGCGGGGAGUGGAGCGCGAGGCAUAUCUGUAGUGCCUGCGCGCGGCCAGCAGAGGGCGUGUGGAGCUUGGCAAAUCCCAUCUUGGCCCUGGGAAGUGGGAAGGAGGCGUGUGAGAUCCCGCCUCACCCCCAAGGGAAAGCCCAGCCCAGAGGACCCCCCUCCCUGAGCCUUUGACAGCCUUCCUUAACCGACCUAGGAGCUGGAGUUGGCUGGCCACGUGGCUUUGUGUCAAACUCUCCGUUCUGAGUGCCGGCCAAUGGGAAGCAGCCCCCCUGGAGCCCCACUCCGUCCUCCAGGUCAAUCACUCACCACCAGGCGGUGUGGAAUAGUGGCCCGGAGCUCCUGGUCAGGGGCCAAGCAAGCCUGUGCUCAAGUCCACUUGUCGAGCUAAGCCUCAGCGUCCUCUCCUGUCAAUAGGUCUUGGAAUCCCUAGCCUGGGGCUGUUUUGAAUCAGGUGGUACAGACCUCUCAGCUCAGCAGGAGGUGUGGAUUCUCUUCAGCGCAUGAGACAGAUACUCAGGGGCUAAGAUCCCAGACUGGCCUGAGUUCACUUCUUGCAUUGGCACCCCUCCCCCUCCCCC